AAAAGGCUUAAAGAAAACUGAACGAUGUUUUAGAAACUAUUUUUAUUUCCUAAUCAUACAUGUUCCUAUUUUCUGCUUCUGUAAAUACGAGAUAAUAUUUUCGACAAGGUAGAAAUCUUAUCAGUUUUAUCGAUAUUACUUAAUACACCGAUGAAAAUUUCGGGAAUCGAUGAAACUUUUCGUUAUCAUUUUUCUUUCCCAACAUGUCAAAGCUCGAAGGAGAAGCUUUAAAUACACCUUCGUUUAUUCACUUUCAAAAUUAUAACGAUCCUUUCUUUGAACCUGAAGAUGAAAAUACAACGCAAAAUAAUUCUCCAGAAGAACCCCUUCCAUGGGAUGCAUUUAAUUGUAUCCCAAUUAAAAAGAAGAGCGAAUCAAUGCACACUAAGAAAUUUUUAGAUAAUUUAAUACGCAUUAUUAAAAUACUUAUAUAUGGCAUCCUUUUCUGCACUGUCUUGUGUAGUGCUUUAAUUGCUAAAUUAAUAGUUCUUUUUGCUGUGUCACAACUUCAAGAGGAAAAAUCUACAAAGUUUUGUGAUUAUUAUAGAAGAUACGAGGAGGACUUGUUGGUACAGAACUCUAUAAGAGGCAGGGUAAUUUGGACAUGGCAUAUCAUUUUUAUGUUUCUUAUACCAGAAUGUUUUACCAUGAUGUAUGCAAUUUGGUAUUAUCUCUUUAAAAAAAAAGUAAAAAUGCCCAAAAAACAAAGUAUGGCACUUCUUUUUUUUCUGGAAACAAUUCAUUCAAGUGGCUUAGCAGUUUUAAUUUUUUACUGUUUUCCACAAAUUAAUUCCAUUGAUGCUGCUGCAAUUUCCAACUGUAUUUUCUUCAUUCCUGCCUUAUUAAAUUUAUUUUCUCAAAGUGAGAGGUAUCCAAUUACAAGUAAAAUGUUUAUAUUAGUAUUAGCAUGUAAUAUUUUAGCAUUACUUGCCCAAGGUUGUGGACUAUUUUUACAGUCAUUUUUAAAUUAUAAGUCGUAUGAUCCUUUGAUUUGGAUUCUUCCUACAGCUCUUGUGUUAUCUUCUUGUCGGUGGUGGGGCAAUUAUAUAUCUCACUACACUUGUGGUUUCAUUGCGAUGUUAGUAACAACAAAAGUGGAUUUGAAAAAUAAUUAUCAUAUAUUACAAGGAUAUAUAGCAUUCUGGCGAAGCUUAAUUUUUAUUUUAAGUGCUGCUGUGAUUUCAGCUUUUAAGAAUAUUGAAAUUCACGAAUUUUUUAUGUGGGAAAGAGAGUAUGGAAUUUCACUAAUUUCCACUUCAAAUACCUUUCAUAUUAAUAACAACACUGAAGUAGCUUAUUUGACUGCAUAUACUUCUGCUCCUUUAGGUGCCUUUUUGUUGCAAACUUUCUGUGUUUUUCUCACAUAUGAAGCAGCAAAAUUUGCAUACAAAACUCAAAUGCAUAAGUUUGGCUUUGCUUUCCCAAUCAGCUUAGUUACUCCAGGAACUAUACUUUUAAUAACGGUGCUCUGUAUUGUGAGAGAAAGGGAUACAUGUGUUUUCCAUAAGUUUAUACCAGAUUAUCUAUUUUUAAAAGAGCCUAAAUAUGAUAAUAUCUCAGAAUUUCUGUUUAAUUGGCGUGUUUGGUGUUGGAUAUCAUGGUGGUUAUCACAAAUUUGGAUCACAAUACAACUCUGGCUAGGCGAAAAUGAAAAACUUGCUGCUGCAGAUAAGAUCUUUUAUAAUCGAACUUAUGAUUCACUUAUGAUUGACCAAUUUAUAGGAUUAAAUAAGAGGAGACAUGAAAGUUAUGGUAUUAUUAAAGAAAAAGUAUUAUCAAACUCCAAUGAAGAAUUUGAGAUUGGUAGCUCUAAAGACAAUACAAAUAAUAAACAAAAUGCUUGUAUUACUCAAAUUUAUGCUUGUGCAACUAUGUGGCAUGAAGACAAGGACGAAAUGAAUGAAUUGAUUGGAAGUAUCUUAAGACUGGACAGAGAUCAAUGUGCUAUGAAAGUUACACAAAAAUAUUAUAAAAUUGCAAUCCGAGAUUAUUACGAACUUGAAACACAUAUAUUCUUUGAUGAUGCAUUCUGUUGCAUGCAUGGCUGUUCAGGAUCUUGUGAUCACAAUGAAAAUGAAACACAAAUAAAUCAAUAUGUAGCCACGUUUGUGGAAACUAUAAAAGAAAAUAUAAAAAAUCUUGACAUGCCUUCUUUACCACCAAUUAAAUGUCCAACACCUUAUGGUGGUCAGCUAAUUUGGAAGUUACCUGGAAAAACAGACUUGACUGUACAUCUUAAGGAUAAGAACAAAAUAAGACAUAGAAAACGAUGGAGCCAGGUCAUGUAUAUGUAUUAUCUUCUUGGUUAUCGCUUAAUGGGUUCAUCAAUAGAUGUUGAUACUAAGGAAUUAAUAGCAGAAAAUACUUAUAUUUUAACACUGGAUGGAGACAUUGAUUUUCAUCCAAAAGCUGUUAAAUCAUUAUUAGACUUAAUGAACAAAAAUAAGGACUUAGGUGCAGUUUGUGGAAGAAUACAUCCAGUAGGAAAAGGUCCUGUUAUUUGGUUUCAAAAAUUUGAAUACGCAAUUGGACACUGGCUUCAAAAAUCAACAGAACAUGUAACAGGUUCUGUUCUCUGUAGUCCAGGUUGUUUUUCCCUUUUUAGAGCAAAAGCUUUAAUGCAAAAUAAUGUCUUAGCAAAAUAUGCAACUAAAUCAACAGAACCCAAACACUAUAUCCAGUAUGAUCAAGGAGAAGAUAGAUGGCUUUGUACAUUGCUUUUACAAGCUGGUAGUAAAGUAGAAUAUUGUGCAGCUGGCGAGGCUUAUACACAUGCUCCAGAAUCAUUUAAUGAAUUUUAUGUUCAACGUCGACGAUGGAUUCCAUCAACUAUGGCUAAUACCUUUGAUUUAUUAAAUACUUCAAAGGAAACCAGAAAAGCAAACGAUAACAUAUCAUUAUUGUACAUAGUUUAUCAGUGGAUUUUAACAGGUAGCACCAUUAUAGGACCAUCUUUUAUUUAUUUAAUGAUAUCUGGUGCAUUUGUUACUUCUUUUCAAAUCGAUAACUGGUCAAGUUUCUGGUAUAAUCUGAUUCCAAUUGUUGUUUUUUUGUUUGUCUGUUUCUUUUUCGAUGUACGCAUUCAGCUCAUAGUAGCUGAGGCUAUCACUCUUAUAUAUGGUUUAGUAAUGAUUAUUGUAAUGGUUGGAAUAAUGAUUCAAAUAGCAGCAGAUGGAUAUUUUGCACCUAAUACUGUUCUGUUUUUUGUUGUAAUCAGUCAGUUUAUAUUGGCAGCUUUUCUCCAUCCAAAAGAAAUAUCAUGUCUACCUAAUGCAAUCUUUUAUUAUAUUACUGUACCAUCAAUGUAUAUGUUACUCAUCAUUUUUGCUAUCUUCAACCUUCAUAAUAUUACGUGGGGUACCAGAGAGUCUAAAGUGCAACAGACACAGCAACAAAAUAUGACAAAUAAAUCACAAUCUGAACAGGACAAUGAAAAUACUGACAAUGAAUCCAAAUUUUCCUUAAGUAAAUUAUUCAAAUGUAACUUUAGUACUUACAAAAGUUCAGAAAAAGAAGAGAAAUAUUUAACAGCUAUUUAUAACUCUAUAAAUGAAAUUAACAUUCGUUUAAAACAGAUAGAAAGCAACUACAAACUUAACAAUACAACAGAGGAAAUCGUUGAAGAGAAAAAAGUGGAAGGAAAUAAACCAUUCGAUGAACAAUCAGCAGUUACAGAAAAUUCAAAUGCAAGCACAGAUUCUGAAAGUGAAGUUUUAAAAGAAAUACAUUUUAAUCAGCCUCACGAAUAUUCGAAUUAUUUGAUAAAUCCUCAUUGGCUGCAAGAUGAACGUUUAAAAUAUGGGACAGUAGACUUUCUUCCCACGUUAGAAGAAGAAUUUUGGACACUGCUAAUUCAAAAGUAUUUACAUCCUAUUGAAAAAGAUCCGAAAAAAGAAAAAGAAAUUGCUAAAGGUUUGAUACGUAUACGUAAUCACAGUCUCGUAAAAUUUUUUAUGAUAAAUACACUAUUUGUGGUAGCAAUUUUUUUAUUGCAACUUAAUAAAAAUACUCUGUAUCUUCAAUGGCCUUUUGCUAUUGAGUACAAUAUCUCUUAUGUUGAAAAUUACGAAGUACAUGUAAAUAGAAAUUAUAUGCAUUUAGAACCAAUUGGAUGUCUUUUUAUUAUUGCAUUCGUUUUUAUAUUGUUUGUCCAAUUUCUAGCUAUGUUGGCACACAGAUUCAAUACCUUUUCUCACAUACUAGCUAAUAUGAAGCUAUAUCUACCAUGUUGUAAUAAGGAGAAACAUUCAAGUGAUGAUUUAAUUAUAAAUCAACAUGCGAAUGAUAUAGUUGAGGGGUUGCAAAGUGCAACAGAAAAUGAAAUAUUUUUUGCAAGUAGAAGAAAUACUUUCCAAGGAUUAAUACACAAUGUUCAAAGCCCUCCAAGCAUGUCUUCUAAUUUUGAAGUACUUUUCCGCAAAAAGUUACAAGCAUCUGAAACAUCUUCAAACAUAACAAAAAGAAGGAAAGUAUCUAAGAAGCAUAAUUCUGAAAAAUUAACCGACUAUAGUACAAAAAAUUCUAAAAGGAUUACACCUGAUACAAGAAAUAAUACCAUUUCUAACUCUGAGAUUGGAAAUGAAAACAAGAAAGCUAAAAUGCAUCAAUACGAUAAUGCAGCAUUUUUAAAUGAUAAUGAUGAUAAAUAAGUCUAAUACACUGAUUAAUUUUAAGUAUUAAACUUAGGUAAAUGAUGUUGAUACUUUAACAAUUAUUAUUUCAAUAUUAGUUAUAUUAAGCGAAUGAAUGGUAAAAAUAAAUAUUUACCUUUGUCAAAGUACAAUUAUAGUUAUGUUUAUAUAUAUAGUUUUCUUUAUUGAAAUAUGUAUGUCUUAAAAUAUUAUGUAACAUAUACUGUUUUUAAUAAAAAAGAUUAGUUAAAAAAGAAUAUAUUAAU